AUGUCUGCCAUUUACUACAUGGUAGCCAGGUGGCAAUUUAUCGAUGAUUGUUGCCAGGCCGGUGAUUUAAAUCCUACUAUUUUUUACAGUGUGGGCACAAACUCCCGCAACUCGCGAGAUUCAGACCCAAUCCGUAACACUCCUUUCCUUUUUCCCCUCCAACACCUCAAUCAACGCUUUGUUCAACCCACGCUCUCCUUUCCUGCUUUAUUGCUCUGA